AUGUCAGGCUCAGGAGACCUCGUCGACUUCGACUUGAUUGAAGGCCAGAAAGAAAACAUUCAGUCCUUGCCAGGUGGUCGUUCAGCAAAGAAACUCGCCCAGCUAUACUCACCAUCACCACUUCACAAGCAAUCGACACCUACCCCUUCGGAUACACGCAAUGUCAACGACUGUAUCCGUGCCGAAUUCGAACAAGAAGUUGAAAACAUCGCCGAGUCAGACGAUCCCCUCGACGUCUUCGAGCGUUAUGUGCGAUGGACACUAGACGCCUACCCCUCAGCACAAGCAACACCAGAGUCACAACUUCACACUCUGCUUGAGCGCGCAACCAAGACUUUCAUCGGCUCAGCACAAUACAAAAACGAUCCUCGAUAUCUCAAACUCUGGGUUUAUUAUAUUCACUUCUUCUCUGAAACCCCACGCGAGACAUACAUGUUCCUUUCACGCCAUGGAAUAGGAGAGUCUCUUGCCCUCUUCUACGAGGAGUAUGCUGCCUGGCUUGAGGGAGCCGGUCGAUGGGCACAAGCUGAGGAGGUUUACAAGCUGGGCAUCGAGCGGGAAGCUCGACCUGCGCCACGCCUCUUGCGCAAAUUCAAAGAAUUUGAGGAACGUGUUGCGCAGCAGCCAGAUGUUAUGGAUGAACCCUCGUCUCCGGCAUUGCCCGCCAUGCGACCAGCACUUGCUUCCAAGGUUGACCCUUUUGCUGCUGCUCGUGAAGCAGACCCUCAAGCACAACGAUCAUCAAGUAGUGGGGCAGCAAAGCCUGCAAAGGCUAAGAUGGCGAUCUUCUCCGACGCUGAUGCUCAACCCUCUGCCAUGUCAUUAAUGGGCGCUGGGUCAAAGGGCUGGGAUAGUAUCGGUUCACUAGCGGAUCGAAAGAAAGAAAAUACUAUAGAGGCCAAACCUUGGGCUGGAGAGACGCUGGAAGCUGGUGGAAAGAAGAGUGCAGCCCCCAAGAUGUCGGUGUUCAGGGAUGCGUCCCUUUCACAAAUACAGAAUAUCGUUGUUGUUCCGUCAAAGCAUCAGAUCUCCCUUCAUCCGCAAACCGGGAAGAAGGAGCGUGUUUUUGUUGACCUCGCAGCUAUUUAUCCAACCCCUGAAGAGAUUGGCACCGAACUUAGCUUCGAGGAGAUCAUGGCUGCGAACCGUGGUUGGCUCGGCCACAGCUGGGAGGACGAGACGUUUGAUAAGAACCUCGUCUCUCAACCUGCUGUGCCUCUUGAAAUUGAAGAAAUCAGCAAUGGCAUGGGAGAAAAACUGAUGGUUCAUCAAGAUGCUGUUGACAAGAUCUCUAUUCACAAAAACUCUGGUGACAAAUUGAUGAUUCGCCCGGACCCUAUGGAUAAACUCGUUAUACAUCAGGAUUCGUCCACCAAGUUAUCAAUUCACAGGGACAAUGUGCAAUAUGACGAGAACGGCAGAACUAUUGAGCAACCUCGAGCACCACGCGGUAGUAAGAAGAAAAAGAUGAUGGAAGCCAACGAGACCCAAAUCAUCAAGGCAAAACUCGAUUCGCCCUCCAGGCCGAAGCUCAAGAAGAAGAACACCUCUGAGCCCACAAUGACACUUCACACCAAGGCUGCCACUGACGAUAUUUACGAUAUUUUUAACGCACCUCUGAAGCCUGCUGGUCAAGAGGAAGAAGAGAGCACCUGUGAAGAUGAUUAUGAGAGUGACGAUAACUACACGAGCGAUGCAGAGAGCACUGGGACCACAAGGCAGAUUGAGCCCAGUGAAGCUGGUGACGACGAUAACGAUGAGGACGCGAAAAGCCUAAGCGAAUGGUCGGACUUCACAACACAAAAACACAUCCCUAGCCUUGAUGUAGAAGGAAACGAGGACGGAGAUACUCAAGCAUCUGGUGUCAUCAGCACCACUGCGGCAAAACAUGAACAGGAGUCAACUGAAGCUCUUGACAACGUCGAUGACCAAUCACGGAAUGAAGAAGAUGAUUAUGAAGAUGGGGGAGAUAUCGAAACACCUGUUUCAGAGGACUUCCCUCCUCAGACUCGAACAACAUUCGUUCCAAUCCCGCCUGAAGAUUAUGAACCUCCUACACGGCCAUAUAGGGACCCGGCCGAGGUGGCCAACAAUCGACUACCCUUUAUGACUCCUAUCACGGAAAGGACCGAGGUAUCUCUGGACGUGACGAUGGAAUACAAGACUCCUUGUAAGAGAGAAAGUUCCAUGACUAUUGACGAAGAGGAUGAGGAUGAGGAGAGCUCGGAUUUAGAGCCUCUCGGCAGUCCUAUUCGAGAUAUAAUCAACGGUGCCAUCGCGGCGCCGAAGAUAUCGGCACCUCUGGCGCCAAAGUCUGCCGGUCCUCUAGGAAAGUCAAUCCCUUCCAAGUUUCUCGCAUCCAAGGGGCCUAUCAUUAGAGAACCGCAGUGCAACCCAGUGGAUGAGACGGUUCGUUCAGAGAUCAUUGCCAAGAUGCUGCCCCCGUUGAGCUCCUACUCUGGGUUUUAUGAUCAUCGAAGUGAAAAAUACGAAAAAGGAGGCGAGAUCCGCAGAUUCGCCAAGGCUCUGUCCAAGGCCAACAAGACUGGCGAUAGAAUAGGGCCUGUCACUACCCCUGUGACGAUCGAGUUCCCUGAUAUCCAGGCUACUUAUACGAUCAAAAAGGAAUUGGGGGCUGGAGCUUACGCCCCCGUCUACCUUGUCGAGAACUCCGCUCCAGUAGUCGAUGAGAAUGAUGAGAACGCUAUCCCCGUGAUGGGCAAGGGCGCUUUUGUCAUUAACCAUCGAAGUGAGAUUGAGGCUCUCAAAAUGGAGAACCCUCCUACACCGUGGGAGUUCCAUAUGAUGCGUCUAGCUCACACCCGCCUGGGCCCUCAGCAUCGUGCUUCUGCUUCGUUAUCUUACGCACACGAAAUGCACCUCUACCAAGAUGAAGCAUUCCUUUUCCUACCCUAUCACCCCCAUGGUACACUCCUAGAUGUUGUCAACUUCUUUCGAGCUGAGCCAUCUGCAGUUAUGGACGAGCAGCUGGCCAUGUUCUUUGCCAUUGAGCUUCUGCGAACCGUCGAAUCUCUACAUUCCAAGAGCGUUUUGCAUGGAGAUCUUAAAGCUGACAACUGUCUCCUCCGCUUGGAUGCACUGAGAGACGAUGGAUCUCUGACCAGCCAGUGGAGGGCCGACGGAAGCGGUGGAUGGUCGUCUCGUGGCGUCGUGCUCAUUGAUUUCGGCCGCGGUAUUGACAUGCGUGCUUUUGUCCCCGAGGUUGAGUUCAUCGCAGACUGGAAGACUAGCGCACAGGACUGCGCCGAAAUGCGAGAGGGUCGACCCUGGACAUGGCAGAUUGAUUAUCAUGGUCUCGCGGGCACAAUCCACACACUUCUCUUUGGUAAAUACAUCGAAACUAUGCGUUGCGAUCAGGGUGGAUUGAGCAAGUCUCGACGCUACAAGAUUCGCGAGAGUCUCAAACGCUACUGGCAGACUGAUCUCUGGUCAGAUUGCUUUGAGGUUUUGCUCAAUCCAGUAGCAGCGGCAGCAGCUGGUGGCGAGGAGGGCAGCAAGAUGCCCGUGCUGAAAUCCAUGAGGAGUGUCCGAGAAAGAAUGGAGACGUGGCUAGAAGCCAACUGCGAAAAGGGGGUUGGCCUAAAGAGCACUAUGGGUAAGCUUGAGGCUACAUUUGGAAAGAAUCGCAAGUGA